AUGCGUUACGCUGUUGCUGUCCUCGCCGUCGCUGGUGCCGUCUUGGCCACCGCUGACGAGCCCGCUUCCACCGUUUACUCCACCGAGUACUUCACCAUCACCUCCUGCGCUCCCGAGGUCACGAACUGCCCUGCCCGCAGCACCGUCGUCUCCUCCAGCGUCGUCGCCGUGUCCACCUCCGCUGAAGCCUCCGUCACCGUGUCCGGCGCCGAGCCCGUCGAGACCGCUCCCGUCGUCGUUCCUCCCUCCGCCAGCGGCAGCGCCUCCAUCACCGCCGUCCCUACCCCGUCCGAGGCUGUCACCCCUAGCGAGUCUAUCACCGAGACCGGCGCUGCUCCCUCCGUCUCUGCCACCGGCGGCGUUGCUCCCUCCGUCUCCGUCACUGGUGGUGUUGCUCCCUCUGUCUCCGUCCCCGCCACCCUGGCCACCAGCGCUACCUCCGUCUGCAGCGGAAUCACCGUCAAGACCAUCUCUACCAGCGUUACCACCGUCAUCCCCACCGUCAUCUACGAGACUGUCCAGGCCUCUUGCCCUACCUCCGCCCCCAGCCAGCCCUCUGCGACUAUCCCUGGUGUCCCUAUUGGUGGCAACGGAACCACUGUUUCCCCCACCAAGACUCCCGUUAUUGCCGGUGCUGCUGGUCUGACCGGAUCCGCCAUGCUGGCCGCUGUCGCCGGUGUUGCCGCCUUCGUCUUCGCAUAA